AUGUCCCCCUUUUUCCUCCUCCAGAUCAUGACAGACACACAACAGGCUAAACAGUCGCUGGCUGACAUUGAAGCUCGCCAUGAGGACAUUAUCAAGUUGGAAAAAAGCAUCAAAGAGCUGCAUGACAUGUUUAUGGACAUGGCCAUGCUUGUAGAGAGCCAGGGCGAGAUGAUUGACAGAAUAGAGUUCAAUGUAGACCAGGCGGUAGACUACAUCGAAACAGCCAAGGCGGAUACCAAGAAGGCCGUUAAAUACCAGAGCGCAGCACGAAAGUUCUUCAUUCCCAUCGGAAUUCUUAGCUGGGCCGGGUUUUUGUGGUAUCCGCUUGGACUUUUGGCAUACGUGCCAUCUGUUUAA